AGAUCAUCUUUUGCGUCUCCGUCUCCGUCCCUCCCGCCCUCCUCCUCCUCCUCUCCUCGUCCAGACAGGGUUGGGCCAAACAGCAGGUGGUGCAGAAGAGAAGCCUGCAUUUGGGACGUACACACCACUGGUUCUCUGACUUCUGCACCGGACAUCAUGGAACAGCAGCAAAUUACAAUUGUUUCUAACUCAGGUGUCACAGCAGUAGCGUCUCUGGCCGAGGCUCGCUGAAUAAAGAUGCACGUGGACUUGUAGAGGGAAAAGCAGCACUCAAAUGAGAUGACUCAAAAGAGGAGAAAGAAAACCACCUUUUAAUCUCAGGUCAAAAGUUUGGCACGGCGUGAAACGAUGUGAGUCGUCGUAUCAAAAAGGACAAAGCCGUUUUUUUAAGACAUGGAGGUGGCUUUCGUGUGUGUCAGGAAUCUUUUGGUAGAUGAACCUUGGCGACAGCAUGGAGUCAGACAGGCUGUAGAUGUUUCUGCCCCACUCAUCUGACUUGUGUCAGCAUGUCAACGCAGCAUAGAUGAUUUACCCUUUAAAGAGACACAACUGGGAACCAACCUGGUCCAAUGAUGUAGCAGCUACAGGUGACUUAGAUGUGGGCUAUGAUUCAAGACAGUGCAACCACAGCCAGUAUGGAAGUGCAGACAACCUCUCUGGUCUGGAUAUAUGUGAACAGGACAGAACAACUGAACUCUUCAUAUGAACACAACACGACAGAUCUGACUGAAAACUCAAACACCUACCACUCUUACACGAUUGGUCUCUUCCUCUCCUGCCUGUACACCAUCCUCCUCUUUCCUAUUGGAUUUAUUGGGAACAUCUUGAUCCUGGUGGUCAACCUGAACCACAGAGAGAAGAUGACCAUCCCUGACCUUUACUUCGUUAACCUGGCAGUGGCUGACCUCAUCCUGGUGGCGGAUUCCCUCAUCGAGGUCUUCAAUCUGAACGAGAAGUAUUACGACUACGCCGUCCUCUGCACCUUCAUGUCCCUUUUCCUGCAGGUCAACAUGUACAGCAGCAUCUUCUUCCUCACGUGGAUGAGCUUUGACCGCUACAUAGCCUUGGCGGGCUCCAUAAGCAGCAGCCCACUGAGGACUAUGCAGCAUGCCAAGCUCAGCUGUGGCCUCAUCUGGAUGGCCUCCAUCCUGGCCACUCUGCUCCCCUUCACCAUUGUGCAGACCCAGCACAGGGGUGAGGUGCACUUCUGCUUUGCCAACGUCUUGGAGAUCCAGUGGCUGGAGGUGACCAUUGGCUUUUUGGUGCCCUUCUCCAUCAUUGGUCUGUGCUACUCUCUGAUUGUACGCAUCCUCAUGAAGGCCCAGAAGCACCGUGGCUUGUGGCCACGGCGGCAGAAAGCCCUGCGCAUGAUCGUGGUGGUGGUUCUGGUGUUCUUCAUCUGCUGGCUGCCAGAGAACGUCUUCAUCAGCAUCCAGCUGCUGCAGGGCCCAGCUGACCCAUCGCAGAGGGCUGCUACCACCCUGUGGCAUGACUACCCGCUCACAGGCCACAUUGUUAACCUGGCAGCUUUCUCCAACAGCUGCCUCAACCCCAUUAUCUACAGCUUUCUAGGAGAGACCUUCAGAGACAAGCUGCGGCUCUUCAUUAAGAAGAAGGCCAGCUGGUCAGUAGUGAACCGCUUCUGCCGCCACAGCCUUGAUAUACACCUCCCUGUCAGGAGUGUGGUGUCAGAGGUGUGACUGCUUAGAAGAGGGACAACCAUUAUGAAACUGAGGCCGCAGAAUAUGCUUUAAAAAAAAGUCAAUCUUCAUAUCAACGUGAUAUAUCAACUAGGGUGAAAUAUUACCUCAGAUUUCUUUCUGCUGUUGAAUAGCUUUGCCUCAUAGUGACUCAGUUAACCUGCUCACUUUCUG